AUGGGAGGUACGUCAUACCUGAUGACUCACAAUCCCAAGGACUUCGAGGUCGUGUUCCGGAACGAAGGAGUGUGGCCGCAUCGGCCUGGCAGCGAUACUCUUCGCUAUCAUCGAAAGACUCAUAGAAAGGAUUUCUUCCAGGGAGUGGAGGGAGCUUUACCCACACAAGGAAAAACCUGGAGCGACUUUCGAUCGGCUGUAAAUCCUGUCCUAAUGCAGCCGAAGAACGUGCGGCUUUACUAUAAGAAGAUGUCCCAAGUGAACCAGGAGUUUGUGCAACGUAUUGAUAUCGAUACCCAGGAAGCUCCAGAUGAUUUCUUAAACGUUAUAAAUCGGUGGACCCUCGAGUCAGUCUCUGUGGUGGCUCUGGACAAGCAGUUGGGACUGCUCAAAGAGUCGGGCGAUAACGACCAGGCUGUGUUACUUUUCAAGUACCUGGACGAUUUUUUUGAAUUAACAGCCGAUCUGGAGAUGAAGCCCUCCAUCUGGCCGUAUGUAGACGAAGCUAUAGAGCGUCUAGAGAAAGAGGCCAAGGUGGGUGUUGUCCGCCCUGAGAGCGAGCAGAGUGUACUGGAAAAGCUGCUCAAGAUCGACAAAAAGGUGGCGACGGUUAUGGCCAUGGACAUGCUAAUGGCCGGAGUGGAUACCACCUCAAGUACCUUUACAGCGGCCUUGCUGUGCCUUGCCAAGAAUCCGGAGAAGCAGGCCGUACUCCGAGGACUCCGAAUUCACUGA